GCGGUGAGCAUUAUUAUUGAGGACGAAUGUCAUUCAGUGAUGUGAGUUUUCUCAUUAGUCACGGCUACGGCCUCAGCCGGAGGGCAAGAAUUGCAUGCCCAGUGCCAAUGCCCGCUACCGAGGACCGUGUGUACGUACCGCUCUCUUUCUUACAAAACCGUCUGAUCUUUCCUUCCGGCUCUUCCUUUUCACUCUUUCUCUCCCUUCAACAACUCCCGGUUCUUGCACAGGAAAACACAUCUCAAGGUCACUGCCCGGCCGUGAUCUCUUUCCAAAACCCAUUCACACCCUGUCAGAUCACUCUCGAGUGGUCUGCUCAACCGCCAAGACGUUUUCCAACUUGUUGCCUUCGUCUCACCACCCGUUCAACGGCAGCCGACGCUCUUCCCCUCCUGGAGGAGCAUCGGAAUCACCCAAAACACAAUAAAUUCGCUAUAAAUUAGACCACAGCUCCAGCUCAAAUCUUCUAUAUAGCUCUUCGGCCAAAUAACUCAAUCGCCAUGGCUCCUCACGCGGAAGUCGGCGUCGGCUCCAUGAACGGGUACAGCACUCACGAGGCAACCUCAUCGCCCAAGGAUCUUUUCACCGUCGAGUCCCCCAGCGUUACUUACACUGACGACCAAAUCAAGAGCAAGUAUGUCUAUCGCACCACGGCCGUCACCAAGAAUCAGGACGGCAAGUACACGGCCUUGCCCAAGGAAACCGUCUACGACUUCAAGGUCGACCGUAAAGUCCCCAAGACCGGUGUGAUGUUGGUCGGAUGGGGUGGCAACAACGGCUCCACCGUCACUGCAGGAAUCAUCGCCAACCGCCGUGGUCUCGUCUGGGACACACGCGAAGGCCCUCGUGCUGCCAACUACUACGGUUCCGUCAUGAUGGGAUCGACCAUGAAAUUAGGAACCGAUUACAAGACUGGCGAAGAGAUCAACAUUCCCUUUCACAACGUCUUGCCCAUGGUUCACCCCAACGACCUCGUCGUCGGUGGUUGGGACAUCAGCAGCAUGAACAUUGCCGCAGCCAUGGACCGUGCUCAGGUUCUGGAACCGACCUUGAAGGCUCAGGUGUACAAGGAGAUGGCUCUCAUGAAGCCCUUGCCAAGUAUCUACUACCCAGACUUCAUCGCCGCCAAUCAGGAAGAUCGUGCGGACAAUGUUAUACCGGGCCAGAAGGCAUGCAUGGCUCAUGUUGAGCAGAUCAGAAAGGACAUGAGCGAUUUCAAGACCCAGAACAAUCUCGAUAAGGUCAUCGUUCUCUGGACCGCCAACACCGAACGGUAUGCGGAUAUCAUCCCCGGCGUCAACGAUACUGCCGAGAACCUAUUGAAAGCCAUCGAGCAAGGCCAUGAAGAGGUCUCACCAUCCACCGUCUUCGCCGUGGCUUGCAUUCUCGACAAGGUUCCCUUCAUCAACGGCUCUCCCCAGAACACCUUUGUGCCUGGCGCUGUCCAGCUUGCUGAGCAGCACGGUGCGUUCAUUGGAGGCGAUGACUUCAAGUCCGGCCAAACCAAGAUGAAGUCCGCACUGGUCGACUUUCUGAUCAACGCUGGCAUCAAACUCACCUCGAUCGCAAGCUACAACCAUCUCGGCAACAACGACGGCAAGAACCUGUCUUCGCAGAAGCAGUUCCGCUCGAAAGAGAUCUCCAAGAGCAACGUCGUGGACGACAUGGUCGCCGCUAACUCCGUCUUGUACAAGAAGGACGAGCACCCGGACCACUGCGUCGUGAUCAAGUACAUGCCUGCCGUGGGCGACAACAAGCGUGCCCUGGACGAGUAUUACGCCGAGAUUUUCCUCGGUGGCCACCAGACCAUUAGCAUCUUCAAUGUCUGCGAGGACUCCUUACUCGCGUCGCCAUUGAUCAUUGAUCUGGUGAUUGUCGCCGAGAUGAUGACGCGUAUCUCGUGGAAGACCGAGACCGUGGACGAGUACAAGGGUUUCCACAGCGUGUUGAGCAUUUUGAGCUAUAUGCUCAAGGCACCACUCACGCCUCCCGGCACCCCUGUCGUCAAUGCCCUCGCCAAGCAGCGCAGUGCUUUGACCAACAUCUUCCGUGCCUGCGUCGGUCUGCAGCCCGAGUCCGAUAUGACUCUGGAGCACAAGCUGUUCUAGUGGUCCGGUGCCCGUUGUUUUGUCAAGACGGCAAGAGAGAGAGAGUCAAAACUUUCGGCAGUCAUUGGUGAUCCUUUUUCGGGAUUGACUUUUCGAGAUUUCGAUUGUGAAAAUGGGGGUGGCUAGACUGCUUGCUGCUUUGAUCUUCUUUUCUUGCAUUGCGACCGGCGAACAUCCAGACACCUUGCCUCCUAGAUUGCACAGAUAUUGUUCUUUUGAUUUUUUGUGGUUUGAUGACAAACUCUAGUCACUCCUUUUGCAGAGAUAGUUAGGAAGUACAUUUAGGCCUCAGUAACAAGAGAUAUAUGGGCUUCUA